AUGACUCUCCAAAUUGAUCAACCGCCUCUUGAGCAAAUAAGUUCAGAAGAUUCGAUGGACAUGUUGGAUCCUCUGGCUCGAAGACGACUACAAAAUCGCCUCAAUCAACGUGCGAGCAGAAAAAGGAAGGCGUUAGAGUAUAAAGAGAAAAGCAAUACGGCAGAAAGGAAAUGGGUUCUCUAUAUCGAUGAUUCGAACAUCUCAAAAAAGAAUGCAUCCACAGAAGAAGGAACAAGCUAUCAAGUUACUCAAUCAUCGCCACCUCGCCAAACCGAAGUCUCUUUUUGUUCCCUGAGCCCUGCCCAGCAUGCUGCGCUUAUGAACAAAUUCCGUGCAAAAGCUUUGCAUAUGAUUGAGAACCCGACCCUCCUGCGAAAUCCCACCUUUAGCAUCACCCAGUACAAUAUACUUCGAGCUAUGUUCAUCAACGCCGAUCUCAUGGGCCUCACAUUAGAGCUUCUGAAUGAAGACCUCGCGUCGCAGUUCAAUCUCACCGGUCCAUUAAUGUCAGCGCUACAUCUCCCAGCAAGCUUGUGCCCAUCUCAGAAACAAAAGAAAAUCAUCCACCACCCCUGGAUCGACUUGAUUCCAAUGGUAUCUCUACGGGAGGCCAUUUUGACUAGGGCGGAUGUAAUUGACGAAGAUGAACUGUGCGGCGAUUUUUACGGAUCUUCUCCUUCCCAAGAAGUCGGGCUUCGUGUUUGGGGCGAAGCUUGGGAUCCAUCUGCUUAUGAGAUCUCGGAGACAUUGAUCAGGAAAUUCAGUUGGAUGGUAAAGGACUGUCCCGAUAUCAUCAAAUCUUCUAAUCACUGGAGGAAACAGCGAGGGGAAAAGCCCAUCAGGUUCAAGAUCAAAUGA